GUCAACCUUGGGCAAAGAAAAAUGAAACCUGGGCCGCGAUUUUCCAUUUCCCUUUUCUUUUUCUUUGUUUGCCUGAAUGACUUUGGAAUUCUUUUCUAGUAAAAAAGAGCAAAGGGACUCAGAUUUCAAAUCCUUACAUGGACUUGUGCUCUACUUCUCUCCAUCUUCUCUAAUGAAUUACUCAUUCUCUUAGUAUUACAUUUCUAUAAACUGCUGUCUGCUUCCUUUCGAAUACGUUUGCUCCUCUUUCCUGCAACUCAUCGAGUCUCGUCAUGGUUGAUAUUCUAAGGUUCAUUGAAAAAAUUCACAAUUGAUGGCACCAAUUUCUUGAGCCUUAAUAGAAGUUGAAGAAAAUGGAUAAUAAAAUAAUUCAACACAUUUUUGUGGUUCUUCUUGUGAUGGAAUCUCUCUCAUUACAUAAAAGAGUUGGAGGAUUAUCGAGAGCCGAAAUAGUGAAUAUGACAUGUACCAACGUAGUGGAGUAUAACAAAACUUCGUUGGUUUCAAGUUUCAUUGCUGUGAUGCAGAAACUCAGUGAACAGAUGCGUGAAUCAGGUUUUGGAAUAGCAGUUUCUGGUUCAGGGUUUGACACUACCCAUGGCCUAGCUCAAUGUUAUGGGGAUCUAUCAUUGGUCGACUGUACAUUGUGCUAUGCUGCGGGUCGUUCGAUUCUUCCUCAAUGCUUUCCGUUCAAUGGUGCCCGAGUUUUCCUUGAUGGGUGCUUUAUGAGAUCCGGGAAUUAUAGCUACUAUGAUGAGUACCUGGGACCUAACGACAUGGUAGUCUGUGGGAAUGCAAGCCGCAAGGGAUUGAGUUUCCAGACAUCGGUAAAAGAAGCAGUGUCACAUGCGGUGGCUACUGCACUGAAAAACAAAGGCUAUGGUAAAGCACAGGUUCCGGUUUCGGGAACAAAUGAGACAGUCAAUGUUCUGGUCGAUUGCUGGCGGACGUUGAACCGAAGUUCUUGUAAAGCAUGUUUCGAGAAUGCAUCGGCGGAGAUGUUAAGGUGCUUGCCAUGGUCUGAGGGACGGGCACUCUAUACUGGUUGCUUCAUGAGAUACUCGAACAUAGAUUUCCUCAAUAAAGAACUUGCAGAUGGAAUUUCAGAAGGAACCGUUAUAACUAUAGUAAUUUCUACUGUCAGUUCGCUUGUUGUUUUAGCUGUUGGUGUAGCUAUUGGAGUUUAUAUCAGGAAACGCAGAUACAUACAAAAGAAAAGAGGUUCAAAUGAUGCAGAAAAGUGGGUGAAAGUCCUUCGUGAUAGUAACUUGAAUUUCAAGUACUCUACCCUCGAGAAGGCUACCGGUUCAUUUGACGAGGCAAACAAGCUUGGGCAAGGAGGAUUCGGGACCGUUUAUAAGGGAGCUCUGUCUGAUGGAAGAGAGAUUGCUGUCAAGAGACUUUUCAUUAACAAUCGACACCGAGCAGCAGAUUUCUACAAUGAAGUCAACAUCAUAAGCAGUGUGGAGCAUAAAAACCUAGUGAGAUUGUUGGGAUGUAGUUGUUGCGGACCUGAAAGUCUUCUCGUUUAUGAGUUCCUCCCUAACAAGAGUCUCGAUCACUUCAUCUUCGAUCACAGCAGAGGUAAAGAACUUAACUGGGAAAAGAGAUUCAAAAUCAUCAUGGGGACCGUAGAAGGUUUAGUUCAUCUUCAUGGCAACCCCACGAACAAAAUCAUUCAUAGAGAUAUAAAAGCCAGCAAUAUUCUAUUGGAUUUAAAGUUCCGAGCCAAAAUCGCUGACUUCGGCUUGGCGAGGAGUUUUGAGGAAGAUCAGAGUCACAUUAGCACUGCCAUUGCUGGAACAUUGGGAUAUAUGGCUCCUGAAUACUUAGCCAAUGGGCGGUUAACGGAGAAGGCGGAUAUUUAUAGUUUUGGAGUUCUUUUACUAGAGAUUGUUACCGGGACGCAAAACAACAAGGGUCAAUACACAGAUUACUCAUACAGCGUGGUUGCCAUAGUAAGCUUCAAACAUAAACUUUUUUCCUACACAAAGCACCACUUUGUGAGAAAAAAAACUAAAGGUUCCUUGAUAUUUUCGUGUUUUCAUGUGUGGAAACAGGCAUGGAAACACUUUCAAUUAGGGACAAUGGAGGAGAUUUAUGACCCAAAUUUAAUGUUAAGUGACGAUAACCGAAGCAACAAGAGUGUGAAGAAUGAGGUUUCGAGAGUAGUGCAUAUAGGACUACUUUGCACACAAGAGAGUCGAUCACUAAGACCAUCAAUGUGGAAGGUACUAGAGAUGCUAAAAAGGAAAGAUGAAGAACUCCCUGCACCAACUCCUCCUCCUUUUAUGGAUGAAAAUACCAUGGAAUUCAACGACCGCAGUGAGAACGAAUGGCAUCCCAUUAAUGCAGCCGGUACUGAUUCGAUUGCCACUAUCACCCAUAGUUCUUUUUACCCUAGAUGAUUUUUAAAGUCAGAUCAGACGCAAGUGAAAGAGUAUAUUGGGGGAAAUUAAACCUUCAAAAUGAUCCCACUAGGUAGAAUAAAUUAUUAUAAAUGCAAUAUGAUAUUAAAAUUACCUAAGCAAGCUAAUUCCAUUUCAGAUGAGAAUGGCUAAGCGAGACAACACUGUUCUGUAACUUACAAUGAAAAAUAUUGUUGA